GCGCAUGCGCGCGGCUGUCAGCUGGGCACCGAGGAAGCAGCAUCAUGGCGGCGUCCGCUCGCAGCGUGCGGUGUGCCUUACGGAGAGCGAUGGUCCCGUCGCUUGUGGUGAUUUUGGGAGCUACCGGCACCGGAAAGUCCAAACUGGCGAUCGAGAUCGGAAAACGGCUUCAGGGAGAAAUAAUCAGCGCCGACUCCAUGCAGGUGUACCAUGGCCUGGACAUCAUUACCAAUAAGGUGACGGCUGAGGAGUGCGCCCAGUGCAGACAUCACAUGAUCAGCUGCGUGGAUCCGUUAGUUAGCAGCUACACGGUCGUGGACUUCAGGAACAAAGCCUUGGCUCUAAUAGAUGACAUGCACGGCAGAAACAAACUGCCAGUCAUUGUAGGUGGAACAAACUACUACAUUGAGUCUCUGCUGUGGAAAGUCCUGCUGGAUACUGGGCAGGAGAACAAGGAGUCGGGGGACGGAGGCGAUGGGUCUCCAGACAGGAAGUUGGAGCUGGAGAAACUAGAAGGAGCUGAGUUACAUAAACGACUGGUGGAGGUGGACCCCAAAAUGGCUGCCAUGUUACACCCCAAUGACAAACGCAAGAUAGCCAGGAGUCUUCAAAUCCAUGAGGAGACAGGCGUCCCCCAUAGUCACUGGCUGGAGGAGCAGAGGGGCCAGGAGGGAGGCGACGGGCUGGGGGGGCCGCUGAGGUACCCAGACCCAUGCAUCUUCUGGCUGCACGCCAACAUGGACGCUCUCGACAGGCGGUUGGAUGCUCGUGUAGAUGAGAUGUUGUCUGCUGGACUGAUAGAGGAGCUCAGAGACUUCCAUGUGCGCUACAAUCAGCAGAAGGUCCAGGAUGACAGUCAGGACUAUCAACAUGGGAUUUUCCAGUCGAUCGGUUUUAAGGAGUUUCAUGACUACCUGACCGCUCCUGAAAGCAGCACCAAGCAGGAGAAAGACACACUACGAGACAAAGGUAUAGAAGCGUUGAAGAUUGCUACCAGACGUUACGCACGCAAACAGAAUAAAUGGGUCAGAAGCCGCUUCCUUAAAAGACCGGGAGACAACGUGCCGGUGGUGUAUGGCCUGGACGUAACGGACGUGUCAAGGUGGGAGGAGAUGGUGCUGAACCCUGCACUGCAGAUACUGGACAGUCUGAGCAAGGGUGAGGAGCCAGCUAUUGCACCAAUCAGAGUACAGGGCACAGAGCAGAGAAACAAACGGAGCCGCCACUCAUGUGAUCUGUGUGACAAAGUGAUCAUCGGGGACCUGGAGUGGACAGCUCACCUGAAGUCCAAAAAGCAUCACUAUAACGUGAGGAAGAAGAGGAAGUCUGAUCCAGCCUGUGACCAAUCCCAGGUAACCACUGCACCUCCUGCUUCUGCUGCAGUGAUAGAGGAGAACCUCUCAAAGGACUCUUGUGCUGCCGUUGCCCCGGGCUGCAGUGAAACCUCUCUGGAGUCAUCCCCAGACACCAGGACAACACACAAGAAAGUACCUGUGACAUUUUAAGAGGCAGACUCUGGACUACAUAAAUCUUCAUUCAGAUGUCCACCACUGUUCUGCACUAACAGCUGAAUGUCUCCUUACAGUCCUUAUAGGGCUACUGUCUUCCUUCCCAUAGAGUCGAACUGAACUAUAUUUUCUCCUUGAUCCUGCUGUUCAGUCGUCUUAUUUGUUGUUUGUUGGAGCACCUGUUUUGAAUGGGAUGACCUUCUCAGCCCUGUAGAUAGAGGAUUUAAUAACAACGAUCCUUGCCGAAUGUGGAUAACAAAGGACAGGCAAAAUAUUUUUUUAUUCUCAUUCGCAGUUGUUAAUGUGCUCCGAGUAUGUAUCCUUGAAGAGACUCAUUUUUGUAGUAAUUUUAUAGUAAUUUUCAUGGCGCGUGCAGCUGCCUGAAAUUAAACUGAGAGAGGUUUUUUUUUUUUUUCUGUUUUUGCAGAAUAUGCCUUAAAUUAAGUCCGUCAUACUGUUAGCAUUUCAGGAUUUAACUUUAUUUGCCUCGUCUUUAGCUUAACCAGAAUGUACUUUUAACUUCAUCCAACUAGUUUUAAAAAUGUUCAAUAAACCAAAGGAUCUUAAAGUUUCUCAAACAAUAGAGAA